CUGAGGAUCGCGAUGGAGUGCAGAGCUGUUCCAGUUCUUCCCACCUACACACAAGCCUGCGGUACUUCCCUGCCCCGAAAGCCCUCCCUUUGCCGCACUCUCUUCGACUACGGACCUCUGAACGACCCAGUGAUCAUACUCAUAACCCUAGCCGUGGUAGUGGGAUCCUUCUGCCUGCUCAGCGGGUUUAUCCUCCUCUGUGUGGUGUCGAAAGCCUGGCAAGAUGAGACCUCCGAGGCCAUUCUUCUGAUGGCGAUUGGCUUUUUCAUCACGGCCCUCUCCUGCAUAUCCUGGAAAUUAACGCGGGCCCAACGGAUCACUCAGCUGGUGGACGCCCUCAGCACAGAGAACCACCAGGCCAUUUGACAGUAUUCGUGUAUAAAAUCUGCUAGAUACUAUCUAGUGAACAGUGAAUUAAAAUUCCAAAACAGCUGAAAAACUGAAACGUACAAAAAUAAAAACUAGUCCUUGUAAAUUUCAUAUUUAAAUGAAAAAAUUAUAAUUAUAAAUCUCUUUUUAUCCAGUCUACAUUGUUAUGCUGACGUGAUCUUGUCCAAGCAUUCUAAAUGGGAAGAUUUAGCUUGCGACAAAGUAGUAGUACUAUUUCAAUCUAUUGGUGGAGUAGCAAGCGGUCAGGAAGUAGUACGCCUGGAGCAACAAAUUAAUGAGGCAUCUCUAAUUUUGAAACUACCUGAUAGCUGCGAGGCUGCCCCAGGACAUGAAAAAAGGUCCUCUGCAACGAAUCAGAUAUGCGUAUUGUUUUUAAGGAGCAGCUGCAGUUUCCCUUUAUCCUAAAUCUCUUGGGUUCUGCUGCACCUCGGCCUUUUGCUUUGCACUCAUCUUCGCGAUUUAGGGACUCUCUGCAGACUACACAUGAAGACAAUCACUUCAGAUUAAACUUUAUCAGCCGGCACUUACAGGUCUGCUGCGUUGAAUUCCCCACCCAGAAAUGCUGACCCAAAGAAAGGCAUAUUUAUAGCAGCAGUAAUCGCAAUCCCAAGACAAGACUGCAAGUAAUCUACAAGAGAAGAACAGAAUGCGGCUUAAGUGUUUUCUUAAAUUGUAUAUCAAUGUUUAUUAAACAAUCUCGAAUAAUAUAUGUAUACUUUCUUCUAAGAGGAUUAAA